AACGUGCUGGCCGGGGCGCUGUUCGGGCCGUGGACUGGGCUGGUGCUCUGCUCCGUCCUUACGUCGGUGGGAGCCUCCUUCUGCUACCUGCUCUCUGCUGCCUUCGGCAAGCAGCUCGUCGUGCACUACUUCCCUGAGAAAGUGGCUCUGCUGCAAGGGAAGCUAGAAGAGAACAGGAGCUGCUUAUUUUUCUUCUUGUUGUUCCUGAGGCUGUUCCCCAUGACACCAAACUGGUUUCUGAACCUCUCGGCUCCCAUUUUAAACGUCCCUGUGUCCCAGUUCUUCUUCUCCGUGCUGAUCGGCCUUACACCUUACAACUUCAUCUGUGUGCAGACAGGAUCCAUUCUGUCCCAAAUCACCUCUCUGGAUGCCAUUUUCUCCUGGGACACUCUGCUCAAACUGCUGGGCAUGGCCCUAGCAGCACUGAUACCAGGGACUCUCAUCAAGAGAUACAGCAAGAAGCACCUGAAGUUGGACGGGGACAAGCAAACUCAGGCAGUCAAUGGCAAAAAGAGCUUUUGAUGGCUCAGGUGCCCCAGUUUUGGGGUAAAAGCUGCAAGUCUGUGCUCUUGGGGGUCAUACUCUGCAUGCUCUGUGCCACCAAGGACCGUGGCAGUUUUUAAUCGUCCUUCUCACCUCAGAGGAGGUGUAAGGGUCCUCUUCUUAAUGAAUGUUUACCUGUGCAUGUCUCUGCAGUGAGAGUGCUGCAGAGGCUUUGUGAACAC